AAUUCUAAAUAAUGUUUCCUGUUCUACUAAAAGGAAAUUAUUUCAGAAAAAAUAUUGCUCUUAAAAUAUUCAACACAAACAGGUCGUUGUUGUUUCCGUCGAUUGCAUAUUUGAACAGAAGAGUGACCUAUAGCGGAAAAAAUAAAUGUUGCGAUAAAAGUUCCGGGGCUAGCGGCAAUAAUACAAUAGUGUUCCAGAACUACGUGCCGCCGCCGAAAAAAUCACACGAUGACAAAAAUAUGAGUUUGAAUCGACCUAUGUCGCCACAUCUCACCAUAUACGCACCCACUCUGCCAGCCAUGACGUCGAUAGUGCAGCGCAUAACUGGUAUUAUUAUAACAUUCUACGCCCUACUUUUAUCAGGCGGCAGUCUGUUUCUGUCCAACGGAGUCGAAACCUACGUGUCGAUGAUUCAAAGUCUAGAUCUUAAUAGACUUUCGAUUUUCAUCAUAAAAAUAAUUGUGGGUGCCCCGUUUGUCUAUCACUACUUCAAUGGAAUUCGCUUUUGUAUGUGGAAUGCUGGGAGAUGGCUCGCGAUGAAGGAUGUCUAUGAAACGGCAAGAAAGAGUUUCAUAGCAACCGCUGUUGUAACAUUUAUCUUUGCAGUUCUUUGAUCAAGUUUUCUUUUAUAUUUUCUCGUUUCACGUAAUAUAUAAUUUUACUUUAAA